AUGGCGGGUGAGAAGCUUUCUGGCGGUUCAAGCAUGACAAUUCUACUCCAAAACGAAAGCCUUCCAUGCUCCUCUGAGCUUGUUCACUCUCUUUGGCUUCAAAACUCUCAACCUUCUUUUCAUGGUUCAAAAUCCUUGUUUGAUGUUGUGAAUGUCACAGAUAGGCCCUUGUUCCAUGGGCUUGAGAAAGAAGAGAAGGGUGAUGAUGAGGAUUACGAGGUUUGUUUCCGUCAACCUGGUAAGAAGAGGAGGCUUACAAGCGAUCAAGUUCAGUUUCUUGAAAGCAACUUUGAGGUAGAAAACAAGCUUGAACCCGAAAGGAAGGUCCAACUUGCAAAGGAGCUUGGCAUGCAGCCAAGGCAAGUGGCCAUAUGGUUCCAAAACCGUAGGGCAAGGUUUAAGACCAAACAGCUAGAAAAAGAAUAUGGCAUAUUGAAAGCUAGCUAUGAUAUACUCAAAAGUGACUAUGACAAACUACUUCAAGAGAAUGGCAAGUUAAAGGAAGAGGUUAAUUCUCUCAAGAACAGAUUGCUUCCUCAAGAGAAAGAGGAACAUAAUUUAGAUGAUACCUCCUGUGAUGCUGUCAAUUCACAGCAUAAAGAGCGUGAGGAUUUGAUAAUAAAUACAGGUUCUGAAAAUGGGUCCAAAGGGCCACUUCCUGUUAUGGUAAUAUGCAAACAGGAAUAUGCUAAUUCAGCUAAAAGUGAUGUGCUUGAUUCGGAGAGUCCACAUUUCACUGAUGGAAACCAAUCCUCAUUUGUGGAGCCUGCAGAUUCCUCUCAUGCUUUGGAACCAGACCACUCAGAUUUCUCACAAGAUGAUGAAGACAUCCUAAGCCAAAAUCUCUUAACACUGCCAUUCUUACCAAAGAUUGAAGAUGUCUGUUAUGGUGAACCACUUGAAAAUCCUUGCAGUUUUCGGUUCCCAGUUGAGGAUCAAACCUUUUGUUUUUGGUCUUAUUGA